AUGCGUAUUACCUACAUGUACGCUGUAUUCGAUACUGUUAUUGGACCGUACGUGUACGCAGCUACUUUAAAAGAUAGCUAUGCUCAUAUUGCGACAUUAGAUGAUAAAGGAAAGUACGUCAUGUAUUGGACUAUGGACGAUAAACUGAAGGUUAUGCAUGUCGCUAUUACGGUCCAAACUACUGGAUGGAUCGGCUUUGGAAUUUCUCCUUAUACUGGUAGAAUGCCAGGAUCAGAUACUGUCAUCGGUUGGGUGGAUAACCAAGGGAAAACCUACUUGCAGGAUAGAUAUGCUACUGGUCAUGUCGUUCCAACUUUGGAUACUCAACAAGAUUAUACUUUGAUAAGUGGUGAAGAAGCUAAUGGAAUGACUAUAUUAAAAUUUAAAAGAAAAUACAAUACUAGCGAUAGUAGAGAUUUACCGCUUGAAGGUGGUACCACAAGAUUGAUCUGGUCUUACCAUAGUUCCGAUCCUUCGUCACCGGAAGUCUACACAAAACAUGAAUACCAAGGAACUCGUAGCUUAAACCUUUUCAAUACUCUUCCUGAAAAGGAUAAACCACCAAUGCCUAAUGAUACGAAGACCUUUGAUGUCUUAGCAAAAAAUGUAACCAUUCCUGCAGCAGCUACCACUUACUGGUGCACGGCUCUAAAGUUGCCUGAAGUCAAUGGCACAGCACAUGUAAUUAGGUUGACACCAAAAAUACAAAAAGGUAACGAAGGCCUAGUUCAUCAUAUUCUUAUUUACGAUUGCACCUUUGAAGAGCACCUCCAUGGAACAAGUGAGGAUUGUGACUCAGCUAACAUGCCUGAAGGUUUGGGAGAUUGCCGUGGAGCAACUUUACUCGCUGCUUGGGCCGUGGGCGGUGAGGAUACAUCCCUUCCUGCUCAUGUUGGACUGCCAUUAGGGGGGCUAUACGGAACUAAAUAUGUCUUAAUGGAAACGCAUUAUGAUAAUCCCAAUUUACUGUCAGGGGUAGUCGACGCAUCUGGCAUGACCUUUUAUUAUACUCAUCAAAAACGGCAAUAUGACGCCGGUAUUCUUGAAGUUGGAAGAUCUGUAGGCCCUUUUCAAAUGAUACCUGAAGGAUUAAAGACGUGGCAGACCAUUGGAUAUUGUUCGGAAGAUUGCACUCGAAGGAAUCUGCCCGCUGCCGGUAUUAAUGUCCUGGGCGGAAUGCUCCAUACCCAUUUAGCAGGUCGAACCUUAACGGUCAAACAUUACCGUGACGGUAAAGAACUUGCAAAUCUAGCGCAUAAUCCACAUUAUGAUUUUAAUUAUCAAGAUCUUAUGUUUUAUAAGCAGGAAAUAAAAAUCAUGCCGGGCGAUCAGUUGACCACGAUUUGCGGUUAUAACACUGAGGGAAGGAAGAAAGUUACUGUUGGGGGAAUCGGUACGAAAGAUGAAAUGUGCCUCGGAUUUUUUCUUUAUUAUCCAAAACAAGAAAUGUCUGUGUGUCUAUCUUAUGAGAAUUAUCUUCAUAUGGUCCCUUAUAUAAAUGCGCUAAGAGCAGCUGGUCAAACAGCGCCAUAUAAUGACUAUCCUUCGAAGCCACCAUAUCUGUGGAACAUUUUGAAUAAUAUGACUAUCGGGCACGGGAAGCUAUUACAUACGUUUCAUGAUCUGAUGAAAAAUAUACAACCGUAUCAGUAUUGUGCUGCUCGAGAUCAUAAACUAAUGCAGGAGUCGAUUUCCAAUUUCAAAUAA